AUGUCGGCAGGGAUUGGUCCAACCAGUGACAAAACUCUCCCUGGAGAUCAAGAACCGCAAGAAGCCGAUGUAAGCAACGCCGCCCCCAAACCCCCACCGCCCACCCGCCGGAGUUCACUCACUUUCCAUCAUAUAAACGCUCUUGCGGUGGCGUUAGUUCUCACCGCCAGCGGCUUGGUUAGCGCCGAGGACUUCGCUUUCGUCAUCUUCUCCAUUGUUUACGUGUACUUCGUAUCAAAGGUAGCAUUUCCACCCACUUCCCCACGCUCAGAGCCCCCAGUCUUCGGCGAGAACAACAGGGUUCUAGGCCUCUACGUCUUCGUUGCUGCGGUGUUCGGUCUAUUUCUCCCAAUAGCUUACAUCAUAGAAGGAAUUUUCGAGGGAGAUAAAGAAGGGAUCUAUGGCGCAGCACCCCACCUUUUCUUGUUAUGUAGCCAAGUUUUCAUGGAAGGUAUCUCGUUUUUGGGCAAUUUCUCGCUGCCGAUUCGUGUUUUCGUGCCGGUUUUCUACAAUUCGAAGAGGAUUUUCACCAUUGUAGAGUGGCUGAGAAGUGAGAUGUCAAGAGGAGCUGAGUAUGGUGGGAGUGGGGGGAGAUUGUACGUCGGGAGAGGUCUUGCAGUGGCGAAUAUGGGGCUUUGGUGCUUCAAUCUGUUUGGGUUUUUGUUGCCUGUUUUCCUACCAAAAGCUUUCAGGAUAUAUUACUCCAAGACCAAAAUUAAGGAUUGA